AUCACGUGACCAAAUACCCCGCGCCAGUCCAAAACACAAAGCUGACGACUCGUUUACCGAACUAACGCAAUCUAUUUUCAUUUUCAAGAGCAGUUGGUUUACUGAAAAUCGCAUCUUUGGACUGGAUCAUGGCACAGUCUAAAGUGACGGAUUACUACAGUAGACGGAAGCUUAAUUCUUCAAUUAAAACAACAAAAAGGAGUGCUGGACGUCUGAAAUCUGGCGACAUCGAGAUCACCCCGACAAAACGCCCGAGAAGGACGGCUGCCCUCCCAGACACUCUCCCGGUGAAAACUGCAGCGUUCGGAUCUCGCCGCGGCACGGGUGAAGUUGAUCUCUCUUGUCAACUUCGUGCAUUCAAUAAGUCCAAAUCAGAAUCAAAUGCUGCUUUAGUAAGUAAUAUACUGACACGCACUUUCACAGGAACGACUGUUCAAGACAAGGAGAGAAAAGACAAUGUUGUUUCUCCUAAAUCUUCCUUCCCCGAAACGAGAAGAGAGUUGGAGAAGACGCCUCUCAAACGACAAGUAUCGGAUCCGGAGAGAGGAAACCCACCUCGAAGAAAAAGAACUAAAAUUAAUCUUGAGCAAGGUUCUGACAAAGGAGAUGUUUCAAGAUCAAGUACGAAAAGGGCAACUGCUGCAGUUCGAUCUAGCAGGAGGCGUCUUGAAACAACAUCAACAACAGAUUCUACUUCAAAAUCAGUCUCAGAAAAAAUUGAGGAUAAUGACCCAACUCAGAUGAAGGAAAUGCUAAGUGGAUGUGGAAAGUUAGCAGACCUUCAGGCGCGCCUUGCCCUUGUUAAGGAUACAGCAGCAGACAUCAGGAGACUCAAAGCCUCAAAACCUUUGCCAAAAGCAGUUCCAACGAUCGCAAAGAAAGAGCAGGAGAGUGUUCCAACAGUAGUUCCUGCAUUUGAACGUUACCGGCACCUGAUCCAGGCUGGUCCGUCAAGUCUUGCUCUUCCGUUCAGGUACAGAUCAUUAGAGGAAGUCUUCCGUUGCUCAGACACUGUUGUCAGCAUGCUGCAUAACCGGUCAGAGACCUGUACCUUCUCCAAGCUCAAGAGUGGCGUCCAGGAGAUGAGUCGCAAGAACUUUGAGUUAGAUCAUCUGAAACAGAUUAAGACAGUGUACCCAUCUGCAUAUGACAUGCACUGGAGAAAGAGCUUAUCACAACAAAAGAGCAACUCUAAAGAUGGCAAUGUUCAUCUUAUUCUUGAAGCUAACCUAGCAGACAUCCCAGUUGGAGAACCUCAAAACAAAGAUGAAGCUGGGGGUUCUUUGAUGAAAGACUUGAUGCAAGGUAAUAAGAACGGAAGUGCAUUGUUUGAGAAGUUCACUCCUUCGAUGCUCAUAGCCAGGAAAACACUCUUCCACAAUGGUUUAGUGGAGAUCGUCAAAUCACACCACAAGGAAUACCUGGCUAGCCUGACUCCACCAAUCACAUCAAUUCCUGAUAAUAAGCUUCAUCGAUGGCAUCCUAAGUUUCCAUUAGAUAAGAUCCCAGAGGUCCCAGCCUCAGACCUUCCAGAACCUCCAAAAGUUACGACCUUCAACACUGCAAAGGAUGUCCUGGACAAGGCUCGACAAAUGAUGGUUAACCCGAAGGUGACAAAAGCUCUGGAACAUGUCGCCAAGAAUUCUGAGCUGAAAGCUGCGGUUGAAGCCAAGCGAGAGGAUGAUGCGAAGAAGAACAAGACCCCACAACCAAAGAAAGAGAGCAAAGCUCUGAAAGGGGUCUCCAUGGAUCUUGUGAACAGAAUCAAAGCUAAAGAAGCCCGUAACACUGAGCUUGCCAUGAUGAGGAGCCCUGAGGAGGAAUCUAGGAUAGGAAGGUUGGAACGUCUUCCAGAACUCUGCAAGAUUCUUAGAGUAUUUUUUCUAGCAGAGAAGAAAGCAGCUUUGCCGAUUGACAGUAUUAUCCAGAAACUAAUGGAGAGCUAUCGAUCUGCCCUCUCAAGAGAUGAUCUUGAGAAGCACAUUGCUUUGAUGCUUGAGAUCCUUCCUGAUUGGCUGAAGAAGGUUGUUAUCCGCAAGGUAACCUACAUCAAGAUGGACAGAACAAAGGAACUUGGUCUGGUUAUCUCCGCCAUCAAUAAGGAGCUCAAGGAAGCUAAGAAAAUCAAGUAAAGAGAUUAUACAUCAUGAAACUAUGUACCAAAAUUUAUGUCUGCCAUCUGGCUUUUUUAAGUGGAAUAUCAUUACACGGACUCUAUCAAAAAAUGCAAUUCAUAGAAAAAAAUAUCCCAACCAUUUUCCAGACGAUAUAGAUUCUCACCUGUCUGCCACCUGGCUUCUACAAGUAGAAAAUGCAAUUCAUGAAGAAAAAUGUCCCAACCAUCUUUCAGAUGAAAGAUUCUCACUUGUCUGCCAUUUGGCUUCUUCAAGUGGAAUAUCAUUGCAGGGACUUUAUCUUUAAAAUGCAA